AGUUUAGCUCAUUGUAUAUAUGAGGGAGCUAAGAUGUAAACAGGAAAUUAUUAUUUAUAAUAUAUUAUUAAUAAUAACAAGCAUUUUUAGUAAUUUAAGUAAUUUAAUAUUUGCAGAGCAAUAUGUCAUUUACAGACUUUUUUUAGCAUUUAUUGUCUAGCCAAAUGUGACAGUACUUAUGAAAUAAAUAUGAUUGCUCAUUUUUACAGGUGGAGAAACAGGCUCAAAGGGAAAGUGUUAUGCAGUGCUAUACAAGAAGGGGCAGAGCCAGGACUCUGACUUGGAUUCCUGGUGCCGUGCCCAUUACUCUAUCUUGUGACUUGUUCCUGUGAUGAGAACAAGUCUUUUAUUCAAAUUUAGGAUUUUCUAAAUCACUUCCGUAUGACUUGAUAUGUUGCAAACUGCAAAUCAGUUUCCAUGCCCUACAAGGAAGGCAACAUAGUGCACAUGAAUCAGAGUCUAUGUUCUGGGGCAGAUUAUUUAACUUCUCUGAGCUUCAGUUUCCUAAACAAUCAAAUAGGGAUACUAAUCCCUUCCUCAAAUGAGUAGAUAAUAUUCAUAAGAAGAUCAUCAAAGUAAAAAUUUGAAAUGUGCUUCCUGGAAGGAAUUUUCUAAUUUCAUGAAGUGGUCCAUUCCUGCCUUUCUUUAUUUCCUGGACAACUUGAUUGUCUUCUAUGUCCUAUCCUAUCUUCAGCCUGCCAUGGCUGUUAUCUUCUCAAAUUUUAGCAUUAUAACAACAGCUCUUCUAUUCAGGAUAGUGCUGAAGCGGCAUCUAAACUGGAUACAGUGGGCAUCCCUCCUGAUUCUGUUUUUGUCUAUUGUGGCUCUAACUGCUGGGACUGAAACUUCACAGCAUAACUUGGCAGGACAUGGAUUUCAUCAUGAUGCUUUCUUUAGCCCAUCCAAUUCUUGCCUUCUUUUCAGAAGUGAGUGUUCCAGAAAAGAUAAUUGCACACGAAAGGAAUGGAUUUUUCCUGAAGCUAAGUGGAAGAACACUACAGCCAGAGUUUUCAGUCACAUCCGUCUUGGCUUGGGCCAUGUUCUUAUUAUAGGCCAGUGUUUUAUUUCUUCAAUGGCCAAUAUCUAUAAUGAAAAGAUAUUGAAGGAAGGGAACCAGCUCACUGAAAGCAUCUUCAUACAGAACAGCAAACUCUAUUUCUUUGGCAUUCUUUUUAAUGGACUGACCCUGGGCCUUCAGAGCAGUAACCGAGACCAGAUUAAGAACUGUGGAUUUUUUUAUGGCCACAAUACAUUUUCCGUGGCCCUUAUCUUUGUAACUGCAUUCCAGGGCCUCUCGGUAGCUUUCAUUCUGAAAUUCCUGGAUAACAUGUUCCAUGUCUUGAUGGCCCAGAUCACCACUGUCAUCAUCACAACAGUAUCUGUUCUGGUCUUUGACUUCAGUCCUUCUCUGGAGUUUUUCUUGGAAGCCUCGUCAGUCCUUCUCUCCAUAUUUAUUUAUAAUGCCAGCAAAUCUCAAGGUCUGGAAUACGCACCUAGGCAAGAAAGGAUCCGACAUCUAAGUGGCGGUCUUUGGGAGCGCUCAAGUGGGGAUGGAGAAGAACUGGAAAGACUUACCAAACCCAAGAGUGAUAUUGAGUCGGAUGAAGAUGCUUUCUAAUUGUAUAUCUUGACUUCUGAGAAUAGUAAAACUGUUCACCUUAUCAUAGGCAUUCCCAUCAGAAUUCUGUGACCCAGGAAGAUUACUCCUAUGGCAGUUCAUUUUAAAGGGAGGGGGUGGCAUUUAUGGAACUAAUACUAGUGACACCAUCUUUCAUGGACAUCCAGACAACUUCUUAAAUGUGAGAGAGAUAAGAACUUCCCAGGGGAAGCAGUGCCUGGACUUUGCAUCGAAUCAAUUAAAUCAUACACGAUCACCAUGGACCACAUUGGGGAAGGAUACCAGGAUUUGACAUUCCCAUCUUUUCCAACCAGAAGCAUGGAGAAGUACUCGGGGCUUACUUGGAAAUAGUUACGUAUGUCUUUCACCAAAUGGGCAGAAUUGACCAGAGAGAGAGUGGUGUGGGGAAAGUAGUAAUGACGUGGCUUCCCACUCACCAAAAUUGCAUGCCUGACCACUGAGGGCAGAGAGCUGCUGUGAAUAGGCCCAGUCUUCAUCAUUAGGAGCAGAGAUCACCAGCAACCGCCUCCUCCAUCGGAACCUGAAAAACAAGCAGAAGGCCACUAUUACAGCUUCAAACAAUGGAGGCCAGUACCUUCACAUCAAGAUACAAGGCCCCAGCUCAGGACACUGGAGGAAAACACUUCUAUAGGAUGUGGCAAGAGAUAUGAAUGUAGCCCAGAUCCAUAUUUUUGAUAAAUUGCUUUUCUGUCACUUUAGCUUCUCAGUAAAUAAAAACUCUAAAAGCCA